GUUGUUUUUCAUAUUUGGUGAGGGACUAAAACUUGGAGUGAUUGCCUAGGCAUAUCAGCCAAGAAACAAGGUAUGCUCAAGCAGAACGGAGAUGUUUAUAAAUAGGUUUUUAGUCCCUUUAAUACAAUAUUAACAUGGUUCUUUAUGAAUAUAGAUUCUAGUCACCUGCAUGUCUCCGACUGGGGGAGGGUACGGUGUUCCAGUCUAGCAAGUUUAUAUUGUGACGUUCCUUUGGGAGAUACCGUAAAGGCCAGGAUGCUGGGAAUUGUUCUCAUGGCAUUUGGUCAAUUUCUGCAUGUCAGUUUGCCAGCAGAUGGAGUUCAGAUCAGACUGGUCGGUGGGAAUGGCAAUUGCUCUGGAAGAGUGGAGGUCUAUCACGAACAACAGUGGGGAACCGUGUGUGAUGAUGCCUGGGAUAUGAAUGAUGCUGCAGUGGUGUGCAGAGAGCUGGGCUGUGGUACAGCUCUGUCUGCUCCAAGUAAAGCCCAGUUUGGCCAGGGGACUGGAACAAUUUGGAUGGACGAUGUUGGCUGUUCAGGCAGUGAAUCUUCACUCUCACAGUGCUCACACAGAGGGUUGGGAAAACACGACUGUAAUCACGGGGAGGAUGCAGGUGCUGUCUGCUCUGAUACACUAGGUGGCAUGUCCCAGCCCACCCUGUCCCUAAGCUCUCCUCAUUCAGCACUCUCGUCUGGAGAGGAGGUUCGUUUUCGCUGCGUCGCCCCGGCUGACCUCUGCGCUCCUGUUGAGUUUCGCUUACACAGAGGGGGCGCUGGGAGUCCCCUGGCCCGCAAAUCAGAGUCCAGAGGGACCAGUGUGGAAAUGGGCGUGAACAACGUGGACUCCUCCCACCAGGGCAGCUACACCUGCCUGUACGCAGUCCAGGGCAACCAGACCCUCCGCUCUUCCCACAGUAACUCCAUUGCCAUCAGCGUCGUGGUCCUACAGCAACCUGCCAUCGUCCUCAGCUCUCCUACAGGGGAGGUGACCGGGGGCCCCCAGGGGCCAGAGGUGAUCGAGGGCCACAGCUUCACCAUCACCUGCUCCACUGUGCCACAGUACCCAGGAGGCUCCUUCCACCUCAGCUUCACAGGGUCCAAUCUGACUGAGGCUCAGGCUGCUGCCAAUCAUUCUGCCUCCUUCAUAUUUUCUGCUGCAGAGCUUUCCCACCAGGGGAACUACAGCUGUGUUUAUGAGACCACAGUGUCUGGACGCAAAUUCAGCUCUCCUGCCAGCCCGCUGCUGCCUCUCACCGUCACAGUGGUCCUACAGCAACCUGCCAUCGUCUUCAGCUCUCCAACAGGGGAGGUGACCGGGGGCCGCCAGGGGCCAGAGGUGAUCGAGGGCCACAGCUUCACCAUCACCUGCUCCACUGUGCCACAGUACACAGGAGGCUCCUUCUACCUCAGCUUCACAGGGUCCAGUGUGACUGAGGCUCAGGCUGCUGUCAGUCAUUCUGCCGCCUUCAUAUUUUCUGCUGCAGAGCUUUCCCACCAGGGGAACUACAGCUGUGUUUAUGAGACCACAGUGUCUGGACGCAAAUUCAGCUCUCCUGCCAGCCCCCUGCUGCCUCUCACCGUCACAGUGGUCCUACAGCAUCCUGCCAUCGUCCUCAGCUCUCCAACAGGGGAGAUGACCAGGGGGCCCCAGGGGUCAGAGGUGAUCGAGGGCCACAGCUUCACCAUCACCUGCUCCACUGUGCCACAGUACCCAGGAGGCUCCUUCCACCUCAGCUUCACAGGGUCCAAUCUGACUGAGGCUCAGGCUGCUGCCAAUCAUUCUGCCUCCUUCAUAUUUUCUGCUGCAGAGCUUUCCCACCAGGGGAACUACAGCUGUGUUUAUGAGACCACAGUGUCUGGACGCAAAUUCAGCUCUCCUGCCAGCCCGCUGCUGCCUCUCACCGUCACAGUGGUCCUACAGCAACCUGCCAUUGUCCUCAGCUCUCCUACAGGGGAGAUGACCAGGAGGCCCCAGGGGUCAGAGGUGAUUGAGGGCCACAGAUUCACCAUCACCUGCUCCACUGUGCCACAGUACCCAGGAGGCUCCUUCAACCUCAGCUUCACAGGGUCCAGUGUGACUGAGGCUCAGGCUGCUGUCAGUCAUUCUGCCUCCUUCAUAUUUUCUGCUGCAGAGCUUUCCCACCAGGGGAACUACAGCUGUGUUUAUGAGACCACAGUGUCUGGACGCAAAUUCAGCUCUCCUGCCAGCCCGCUGCUGCCUCUCACCGUCACAGUGGUCCUACAGCAACCUGCCAUCGUCCUCAGCUCUCCUACAGGGGAGAUGACCGGGGGCCCCCAGGGGUCAGAGGUGAUUGAGGGCCACAACUUCACCAUCACCUGCUCCACUGUGCCACAGUACCCAGGAGGCUCCUUCAAACUCAUCUUCACAUGGUCCAGUGUGACUGAGGCUCAGGCUGCUGUCAGUCAUUCUGCCUCCUUCAUAUUUUCUGCUGCAGAGCUUUCCCACCAGGGAAACUACAGCUGUGUUUAUGAGACCGCAGUGUCUGGACGCAAAUUCAGCUCUCCUGCCAGCCCGCUGCUGCCUCUCACCAUCACAGUGGUCCUACAGCAACCUGCCAUCGUCCUCAGCUCUCCUACAGGGGAGAUGACCGGGGGCCCCCAGGGGUCAGAGGUGAUUGAGGGCCACAACUUCACCAUCACCUGCUCCACUGUGCCACAGUACCCAGGAGGCUCCUUCAAACUCAUCUUCACAUGGUCCAGUGUGACUGAGGCUCAGGCUGCUGUCAGUCAUUCUGCCUCCUUCAUAUUUUCUGCUGCAGAGCUUUCCCACCAGGGAAACUACAGCUGUGUUUAUGAGACCGCAGUGUCUGGACGCAAAUUCAGCUCUCCUGCCAGCCCGCUGCUGCCUCUCACCGUCACAGUGGUCCUACAGCAACCUGCCAUCGUCCUCAGCUCUCCUACAGGGGAGAUGACCGGGGGCCCCCAGGGGUCAGAGGUGAUUGAGGGCCACAACUUCACCAUCACCUGCUCCACUGUGCCACAGUACCCAGGAGGCUCCUUCAAACUCAUCUUCACAGGGUCCAGUGUGACUGAGGCUCAGGCUGCUGUCAGUCAUUCUGCCUCCUUCAUAUUUUCUGCUGCAGAGCUUUCCCACCAGGGAAACUACAGCUGUGUUUAUGAGACCACAGUGUCUGGACGCAAAUUCAGCUCUCCUGCCAGCCCGCUGCUGCCUCUCACCGUCACAGUGGUCCUACAGCAACCUGCCAUCGUCCUCAGCUCUCCUACAGGGGAGAUGACCGGGGGCCCCCAGGGGUCAGAGGUGAUUGAGGGCCACAACGUCACCAUCACCUGCUCCACUGUGCCACAGUACCCAGGAGGCUCCUUCAAACUCAUCUUCACAGGGUCCAGUGUGACUGAGGCUCAGGCUGCUGUCAGUCAUUCUGCCUCCUUCAUAUUUUCUGCUGCAGAGCUUUCCCACCAGGGAAACUACAGCUGUGUUUAUGAGACCACAGUGUCUGGACGCAAAUUCAGCUCUCCUGCCAGCCCGCUGCUGCCUCUCACCGUCACAGUGGUCCUACAGCAACCUGCCAUCGUCCUCAGCUCUCCUACAGGGGAGAUGACCGGGGGCCCCCAGGGGUCAGAGGUGAUUGAGGGCCACAACUUCACCAUCACCUGCUCCACUGUGCCACAGUACCCAGGAGGCUCCUUCAAACUCAUCUUCACAGGGUCCAGUGUGACUGAGGCUCAGGCUGCUGUCAGUCAUUCUGCCUCCUUCAUAUUUUCUGCUGCAGAGCUUUCCCACCAGGGAAACUACAGCUGUGUUUAUGAGACCACAGUGUCUGGACGCAAAUUCAGCUCUCCUGCCAGCCCGCUGCUGCCUCUCACCGUCACAGUGGUCCUACAGCAACCUGCCAUCGUCCUCAGCUCUCCUACAGGGGAGAUGACCGGGGGCCCCCAGGGGUCAGAGGUGAUUGAGGGCCACAACUUCACCAUCACCUGCUCCACUGUGCCACAGUACCCAGGAGGCUCCUUCAAACUCAUCUUCACAGGGUCCAGUGUGACUGAGGCUCAGGCUGCUGUCAGUCAUUCUGCCUCCUUCAUAUUUUCUGCUGCAGAGCUUUCCCACCAGGGAAACUACAGCUGUGUUUAUGAGACCACAGUGUCUGGACGCAAAUUCAGCUCUCCUGCCAGCCCGCUGCUGCCUCUCACCGUCACAGUGGUCCUACAGCAACCUGCCAUCGUCCUCAGCUCUCCUACGGGGAAGAUGACCGGGGGCCCCCAGGGGUCAGAGGUGAUUGAGGGCCACAACUUCACCAUCACCUGCUCCACUGUGUCACAGUACCCAGGAGGCUCCUUCAACCUCAUCUUCACAGGGUCCAGUGUGACUGAGGCUCAGGCUGCUGUCAGUCAUUCUGCCUCCUUCAUAUUUUCUGCUGCAGAGCUUUCCCACCAGGGAAACUACAGCUGUGUUUAUGAGACCACAGUGUCUGGACGCAAAUUCAGCUCUCCUGCCAGCCCGCUGCUGCCUCUCACCGUCACAGUGGUCCUACAGCAACCUGCCAUCGUCCUCAGCUCUCCUACGGGGAAGAUGACCGGGGGCCCCCAGGGGUCAGAGGUGAUUGAGGGCCACAACUUCACCAUCACCUGCUCCACUGUGUCACAGUACCCAGGAGGCUCCUUCAACCUCAUCUUCACAGGGUCCAGUGUGACUGAGGCUCAGGCUGCUGUCAGUCAUUCUGCCUCCUUCAUAUUUUCUGCUGCAGAGCUUUCCCACCAGGGAAACUACAGCUGUGUUUAUGAGACCACAGUGUCUGGACGCAAAUUCAGCUCUCCUGCCAGCCCGCUGCUGCCUCUCACCGUCACAGUGGUCCUACAGCAACCUGCCAUCAUCCUCAGCUCUCCUACAGGGGAGAUGACCGGGGGCCCCCAGGGGUCAGAGGUGAUCGAGGGCCACAGCUUCACCAUCACCUGCUCCACUGUGCCACAGUACCCAGGAGGCUCCUUCAACCUCACCUUCACAGGGUCCAGUGUGACUGAGGCUCAGGCUGCUGUCAGUCAUUCUGCCUCCUUCAUAUUUUCUGCUGCAGAGCUUUCCCACCAGGGGAACUACAGCUGUGUUUAUGAGACCACAGUGUCUGGACGCAAAUUCAGCUCUCCUGCCAGCCCGCUGCUGCCUCUCACCGUCACAGCCUCCCUGAUCCUGCCAAUCGCAUUAGGAGCGUCAGAAGGACUGCUGCUGGUACUGGUGCCACUCGUCCUCUUCCUGCUGUUCUGGAAGAGAAGACACAGCUCAGGACGCACCCAAGUUGCGAAGACAGCAAGCAAUGCACGUCCAAUGAAUCCCUCCUUUGCCAAAGGAAAGGCCAGUGAGGAAGAGGAUGAGCCUGACUAUGUGACUUACAGAGAUCCUACUGAAAACGAAUACUCUGAGGAUGAAAAUAUAUAUCAAAUCUCUUAGAUAUAUGACCAAAACUUGGCAGACCAAGGGCAUAACUUUAGUUUGAAUAUUGGGGGGUGUUGAAAUACAUAAAUCUCCAGAAUUGCAACCCUGCAGCCCCCCUCCAGGGACAUGCUACCCUGGAAGAAAUUUUUUUAAAGAACAGCUGUGAAAUGAUCAGUUCUGGCAAAUUCUAAGGGGAAAAUACUUCAGAUUACUGUCCUUGAGGCAGACCUGACGAAAAGACUUCCUUGUUGAAUGUAAUAUUAAGAGCAGGUUGUGAAAUGCAUUUUGUGACUGGAUAAAGACAAAGGUGGAGAUGCACGUUGGAUUGCAUGUAUUCAUUAUUAAAGGAAAGCAUGAAAAGCUG